UUGCUAUUUCUUUAAACUGUUUGUGCGCCCGACUAAAAGGUUUAUAUCUUUACAACAAAAGCGGUCUUUGACGGCCUCAAGUUGGCAAGGUGGCGACAACUGAAGAGAACCGCUGUUUGUAAGGGUUCUGCUAUUUAACAUGAGUCUACACGGUUGUGUGUGUACACAACCCGAUUGGUUAUGUACCUGCGCUUACAACAGCGUGCCGUAAUACAACAUUGACAACAAACGGGAGGGAAAAUCUUUAGGAACGUGUUUGGAUUCGUUGUAUAGCCUCGACUAUCCUGCUAAAUUAGGCCUCUGUUAUGUGCGUGUUAAAGCCCAUGACAACGAGGCGUAUCGGCUUAUACAGAUGGUGCCGGUAACUAAAAAUCGAAACCUGUUAUAACAUUAUCCCUAAAGACUCCAAAGUGGAUUUCACGGAAGCCAGUCUGCAGUCCCUCGGAUACAAUCGCCUCGUCUGGAACAGGCAAAUAUUACCCGAAAACAAAGUAUUGGGGCAGGACAUUUCCCAGGAUAUUGUCUUAAAAGAACUCCAGUCUGAAGUGGGUAUGGUGAGUCGCAUGCGUGCACUGUGAACGACUUCAGCUAACUGGAAGGUAAUUUUUUAAGGAAUUAUAGGAAGAGAUUCCCGGUAUUUCCUAGCUGUUUCACAGAGCCCAACGUCCUACAUGCUGAAAUGGCACUGUCUGUGAGGCAGCUUCGGAUGAGGAUAGACUGUGACGAUCCAUUGUUCUAUGGCAUGAGAAAACUUAAAAUUCGUGGCCGUGAUCUGACUAAUAUUCCCAACUCUUUAUUUAAUCUGAUAGACUUGGAAGUUCUUGAUUUAAGCCCGGAACGUCAGUCCUGUCUUGAUUACAAACUAGCUGAAAUUCCACCAAAUAUUGGCAAACUGGUGAACUUAAAAGUUCUUUGUUUGGAUACAAACGAGUUACUAGAAGUUCCAGUCCAAAUUUGCCUGCUGAAAAAUUUGGAACGACUUGCGCUGAGCAACAACAACCUGACAUCCCUUCCAGCUGGGUUUGCCGAUUUAGAGAAUCUAACGAGUCUCCACAUUGCAAACAACGACUUCACAGAAUUCCCUAAAGAGGUCUGUCAACUUAAAAAUCUGCAGUUCUUGGACUUGAGCGACAACCAUUUAGUCAACUUACCCGAGGAGAUAGGAGAGCUGAAGCAGCUAGUAACGUUGUUGCUGUUUUACAAUGAUCUGACCUCCCUUCCGGACAGCCUAUGCUCAUUGACAGAGUUGACCUGUCUGUGGGUGGGAAACAACCGUAUCCAGCAACUGCCACGACGGUUUGGAAAUCUCCGGAAACUGGACUGGGGUGUCCGUUACACCUCCUCCACUCUGGAUGGAAACCCUCUUAUCCACCCACCUAUAGAAAUCUGCCGGAUGGGCCCAGAGGCAAUAGAGAAAUACCUGUCAAGUGUUGAGGCGGGCCGUCGCAGCCAACGCAGUCGGCAUACGGAAAGACGCUCGGACAGGCAGACGCCCCCAGCUGCUAAUGGGUAUUAACUCAUUAUCUGAACGCUGCUGUCAGUAUGGAUCAAACUUUCGGUUAUAACCCAAUUUCAAUAUAAAGGACAAGAAGUUUCCCAAACCAUCCUCUUCCCCUUUUCUAGUGCCGAGAAUUAAAAUAGAUUGAUGUUGUUGCUCGUACUUUUUACAUAGAGUCUCGGUGCCUGGUUUAAUUUUGUUUGUGGUAAUAUUAUUUGUCCGUGUGUGUUUACACCGUCAGCUGAGUGGGAAUAAGUCCAGAAGUGGAGAGUAAUUUCCCUUGGAUCUUUGUGGGCGAAGGUCAACACAAGCCUUUCACAGUCUAUAGUGAUACCAUACGUGUAUAUUUAUACUCCAUGCAUGUAGCAUAGUGCUUAAUUCAUAUUUAUUAAUGAAUACAUGUCCAUACAUGUAGAGAUAUAAAAAUCGAUAUAU